AUGUCUCUGGACGAGGAAGCUCUCCAAACAGCCGCCAAUGGCGGCCCGCUGGACUCAGAGAGAUGGAACGGCAUGGCUGGGCCACUGAUUGAGCGACUAGAAUACAUUGUAUACAAUGUGUUCCCCAUGCCUCAAGCGCGCCCCGAACCCAUCGGCCAGCAAUCAUCUCCCAACCAUUCUUCUCAGGCAAACUCCAUGGCACCUGAAAGCAGCAACAAGGAAAAUACCUCCCCCAUCGACAUCCAGGCUCCAUCCCAGGUAGCACGAACAGGCUCUCCCCCGUCGAGUGAGCAAGUUCCAGACCCACAGCCCCAGCCACCUAGUGCGAGUACGAAUGGCCAGCUUCCACCUCCGCUUGCAUCUCUUCUGAGUGCCAUCCGCUCAUCAAUUAAAUCAUUCUUUGUGAAUAAACCCCCACACACCAUUCAGAGACUCGCAGAGCUGGUCCUCUACCCGACCAAGCACUAUAGAACGUUACCCGCGUAUCUACGUGCUGUCGAUCGCGUUGUCUCAGUGACAAGCUCUGCAGAUGUUUUCCCGUUUCAAGUGCCAGCUGUCACUAAUGCUCAAACAAACGGGCUGGUGCUUCCUGACAAUAGCAGCGGGGUAUGCAUGGCCCCGGACUUUGCCCACGGCCUCGGAAGCGAUGAAUCUCUGGGCGGUGCACUGCUGACUCCGAUCCCGUGGUUGACCAAUGCCUCGUUUGAAGGCGGGGAUGCCAAUGAAGACUCCGGCAUACUCGUUGAGGGCACUGAAACCUUACCUACACUGUCUGAGGAACAGGGUACCACAACUCUAGUACUCGCCGAAGCUAAAGAAAGCGCUGUUACUGCCUCACCAGAACCAUCUGACGAGGUCCCUCACGCCCGUGGUCCAAUCGUUCUCGGCGUGGAGGACAUGGGUCUGCAAGAUGGCAAAGACGUCGAGAUGCGUCUUGCCACAGACGGUGCUGCCGAUGUCCCAGAUGCAGGUGCUGUCACUGCUACCCAGGCAAUAGAGGAACAGGACAAAGCUGAAACCACUAGCGACAAGGACGGUGAUAUUGUCCUCACAGAUACCACACCGAAAGAAGAGGAGGAAGCCAAGAACGACAGUCGUUCCACAGGUCUCCAAGCAUUCAUAGCAAAGUCUGAAGCAAGUGGUGCUUCCCCCCAAGCGCCGGACGCCGAGAAGAAAGCAUAA